ACCCUGCAGCACUGUGACAUCUCUCCAAGAGCUGCUGCUGUCACAUGACCACGUGUUGUGCGGAAGGAAGGAGGCGGAUAAUACACACACACACACACACACACACAUACACACACAGAAGUUGAAAACUUCCUCGAUCUGCAGGAAACAGUGAGUGGACGAAGCGUGGAGAGGACGCAGAUCCUGGGAUCGUCCGCACAUCAAGAUGAUAACACCCUCCUCUCUUUGGACAUGACCCAGCUGUGAAUAGCAACAUGUCAGGACUCUGAAAACCCCCGCCCCACCCCCCACAGACUCUGGACAGGAGUGCAUCUGUGGUCCAGAUGAAGUGCCUGCUGAUAGCCAGUGAAAGCGCCGAGGUCCUCUUCCACUGGACUGACCCAGAGUUUCAGCAGAACAUUCAGCAGCAGUAUGGGGCGUCUCAAGAGGAGGGCCAGGGGCUUCCUGCCUUUGAGGACAGCAUCAGCACUCUGUUCGCACCCAUCAUCAUCUCCUGCAGCAGCAUGGUGGACAGGCUCGGUGACAGCUACACCUCCUUCACCACGGAAAACAACCACAUCUACGUCCUACACCAGUUCGAUGAGUGUCUCUACAUUGCUGUGAAUGGAGAUGGUGAGGAGGGAGAGGACGCUCUGAGGAGGAAGAUCUAUGUGAUGAAGAAAAUGGUUGAGGUCCUGUUUGGCAUGGUCACCCUCAGCAGCCACCUCCUCAGAAGAGAACUGCGACCUCAGGACACGGAGCAGAGAACGAGGCUGUGGAAGCAUCUCCAGAGUCUGCUGGAGACCUACAGCCACCUCCGAGAGAACGACCAGAGCUUCUUAGUGGAGGCAGUGGAGAGGCUGAUCCACCCCACGCUGUGCGAGCAGUGCAUCGAGUUCCUGGAGCGGCGUUUAGUUCAGCAGCUCAACAGCAGCGCAGAGAGAGCGGGAGAGGAGGUGCUGCACGCCUUCAUCCUGGUUCACACCAAACUGCUGGCCUUCUACUCCAGCCGCAACGCGAGCACACUCGCUACCUCCGACCUCCUGGCCCUCAUCAUCAUGGCACAGAAUAUGUAUCCUAGCAACGAAGACCUGGAUGACCCGGGUCCUGAGGAUGUUGAGAGUACGUCUGGUUCUGGUCAUGAGAGUUUCUACACCCCAGAGCCGUCGCCGACAGACAGACACUCCAGCAGCUCAGACAAGCCAGAGAGAGAAAGUCUCCCGAUGUUUGAGUUCAUGGACCCAGACAUCCAGAUGGCAGAGGACAGCUUGAAGGCUCUGGAGGUUCCUCCCCCCGACCCUUCAACCCCUCGCAGAGUCUUUUUAGAGAUCUCAGGCAGAGAUGGUCUAUAUCCCAUGAUGCCUCACUCCAUGUAUUGUCUACCACUGUGGCCCGGCAUCACACUAGUGCUGCUAACGAAGAUUCCCACCAAUGCAGUCGCCAUGUCAGUGUAUAAGUUUUUGGAGGCUUUUGCCAAACUGGAGAAGUGUUUAAGUGAAGGACACGAAGGUUCUGCUGCGACUCGGGGACAACUGCUGAUAAAUGACAUCCGCAGCAAACUGGAUAAAUUCAUUAAAGCCCUGGGGCCCAGUGAGUUACAGUGUAUUGAUCUUGACCCAGUUCAUCUCACAUAUCUGGAGGAUUUCCCAGGCCUCAUCCAUUUCAUCUGCGUGGACCGAUCCAACGGCCAAAUGAUCGCACCGUCACUCAGCAUCACAGAACGCACCACGUCUGAGCUGGGGAAGGGGCCAGUGGCUCAGUUCAUUAAAAACAAGGUUUGGAACCUGGUCAGCACGACGCGCCGCUUUCUCCGGAAGGGUUACUCCACUGUCACGUUGCGUGAUGGAGACUUCUACUUCUGCUACUUCCUCUGGUUUGAAAAUGAAACGGGCUACAAGUUAGAGGCCGGGGACAUACCCAUCCUACCUGAUGACUCUGCCCCAAUCGGGAUGCUGGCCUGGGACUACUACAGGAAGCUGCUGCGGUACUACAGCAAGAAUCACCAGGGUGAGGUGGUGAGGUGCUACGAGCUGCUGACGGUUCACCUGGGGGUCAUCCCCACCGAGAUCAUCCUCCAGCACUGCCGACAGCUGGCGAGCAAACUUUGGGAGCCUUCGCGCAAUCCCUUACUGUAGACACACACACACACACACACACACUUAAGUCACAGUAGCUGAGGUACACGUCACUGCGUUACUACUGCCAAGGACAAAACAAAUACUGUCACUCUCUAUUUUUACUGCGUUCUAUAUCUGUAUAAGGUUAUAAGGACGUAAAAUAAUUUAUUUCAUGCACUUACAUUUAUUAUCAGCAAACACAGUUGUGCACUAUUUUGUAUCUUGUAUUAAUUAUAUUGAUAAUAUCACUCCUUCAAUGUUUGUAGAUUGACCUGCUUUACUACUGUAGAUGUGUUUUUUUCUAAAAUUUGCCACUGAAGGAUUUGUAUAAAGGCCAAAACUCUCCAGUCUUCCCUACUUCUGUUUAGUAAGUUGUAUAAAUGAACAUGCAGUAGUAUUUAUGUAUAAUACGGAUUAAUACAAAGAUUCUUCUACAUGGAAACAAUAAAUGUCAGUAGUUUCUUA